AUGGUGCUACGAAUGGCAAGACUCACUUACGAUGCCGACUACGAUGCCGGCAAAACAUCUGGAAUGUACCACGUCAACGAUCCGAUUCUGGAAAUGAUCAUGCAUGCAAUGGACUUCGGACUAGGUGCGUUCCUCUAA